AUGAAAACGGUCGACAAAGCCCCCGCCAAUUAUUUCUCCAAACAGCACUCGCUCCGUGCUAUGUUUACUCAGCACAUUAAUAUGCAACCAUUGCAUGAUGUUACCGACAAAGAGGCACAAGAUGCACCCUUUUCCAGUGAUGUCAACACCCUCUUUGAUGCAGGAACACCCUGUAAGGAGUUGCAGGCUCGUAAUCUGCGCAAUGGCCUGUUAUCCUUUCAUUCUGACCAACCGUUGGAAAUGCAUGAUAAACAUAAUUUUGGCUCCAGUCAUAGCUAUUCAGAAUUUGGAGACCCUGGCCCUGGUUUGGAGGCUAUGUUUCAUGAUCACAAGGAUCCCAGUCUAUAUACAUCCUCACCACCUUCGCCUCCCCAGCAUAUAUACAAGAACAACCCCUCAUCACCAAGUGGAACUCGCCAUCAUGAAUUAAAUAACUUCAGAGAAUCGAUCCGCAGACACACCUCACACUUGGACUUGACGCACUCCUCAGGGCACGCGAGCCUUGCAAUGGCAUACCACACAUCAUGGCCAAACCGUUUCCAGGGCUUCGGCAUACACGCUCAUGAUUACCGCACCCCGCUCCCUCCAACAUCAUCACCGAGACCAGGGCAACCCGAAAACAUAUCACGUUUGGCUGGGCAAGAUAGUGGAUUGCAACACGACUACGUCGCAAAGCCUGCUUACCUACUUACCAUGAGUAACGAACCGCAAAGUACACCAAUCCCAGGCCCUUGUACGGAUCAAGACAUGAGGCAUAUUUAUGUCAACCAACAGAGACCAGCAACAUCUACUAGCCCGAGUCACUCUCCUCCUAGCCAUCAUAUUUUACGUUCCCAACCAUCCGAGCCGUCGUCUAUGUCAUGGAAUAGCGAGUCCAUUGAUGCACCUUCCUUCCAUUACUCGACGCCGGACCUUCAAACACCUGAUAACCAAAAUUGGUGGCAGCCAUCAGACAUCAAUUCUUACUCUCAGAGUACCUACCAACCCAUAGUCAUGGCACCAACCCCUCAAAGGCCACGAACCCACCAGACGCGAGUACUGCAAGGUACCAACAUGAUGCACCUAGGGCAAUCUCCAGAUAUGGGAUCAGUGGGAGAACCUCCUCUUUCCGCCUCUGCAAUAUCUUGUCCAGAAGAUAUGGCUCGUACACCUUAUACGCCUCUUGCACUGACACGAGAUAAUAUCUCCCGGACUUCACCAUUAGGGGCCCCGAACCAACGACAAUAUGCACCGCCUCGUAAUAGCCAACCCGUUUCUCCAGCCCUAGCCAACAUCAAAUCCCCAGGCUUACCUCUUCGAUCAACAUCCACCAACCUAACCAACCGGCUGCCAAAGCCAAAGCCAGAAAUACGUCCUCACGACCAACAACAUCAACGCAGGACUCAUAUCCGCAAAGCCUCUAAUCUUCCCACGAAUUCGCAGAGGGGUAUUAAAGGAGCACAUAUAACUCCAAACAGCAAUUCAAACCCAACCGCCAAACGCCCAAUGAGUGUUUCUUUUGUGAAUUUUACCCCUGAGGAUAGCCAAAAGCUUCUAACAGGCGUGGCGCCAAGCGGAAGCUCCAAGACCAAGGCAAGAAGAGAGCAGGAAGCACGCGAAAAACAACGCAAACUCAGCGAGGCGGCGAUGCUGGCAAUUAAAAGAGCUGGCGGCGAUGUUGAGGCGCUUGAAGCAGUUUUCUGUUGA